AUGGCCAGAGCUGUAAUUCCCCUAGAGUCUAACCCUGAGAUAUUCUCAACGUUUGCACAUAACCUCGGGCUGUCUCAGAAGUACAGUUUCCAUGACGUUUAUUCGUUGACGGAUAAAGAUCUCUUAUCCUUCAUUCCUAGGCCAUGUCAAGCCAUAAUCAUGUUGUUCCCUGUAACUGAGGCAUACGAGUCUGUAAAGGACUCAGAGGAGUCUUCAAGAAGUCAUGAUGCUAAUGAUGUUAUCUGGUUCAAGCAAACAGUUAAGAAUGCUUGUGGGUUAUAUGCUCUAUUGAACUCCAUUUCCAAUCUGGACGACAAUGACUUUGAAUCGAACUCUACAAUCGCCAAAUUCAAGCUCGCACAUAACAAUACUGGUAAAGUUGAGCACUUGAUUGAUGAGCUGGAGAGACAAUACACUGAUAUUGCCAACCAAGGAGAGACAGAUGCACCAGAUGCUAAUGACGAUGUUAGCACUCAUUUCAUUGCCUUCAUUAAGAAGAACGGACAUUUGUACGAAUUGGAUGGAAGAAGACAAAGUGCACUAGAUUUAGGACAACAGACCAAUGAUGGCGAUGUUCUUGAAGAGCCUGGAUUGGCACAGAGAUUCCAACACUACGUUGACUUAACCGAUGAAGCGAAUAAGAAUAACUUUUCCUUGAUGGCUCUUGCUCCGUCAUUUGACUAA